AUGUCUGGUGUUCUCUGGUCUCUGGUCGGCAAGAGGGUUCUCGCCGAGUCGACAAGGAAUCACUUUGGAACUGAGGACCCUUACUUCGAACAAGUCCCUGCGUCACGUCUCGGAAAAGCGUUCGGCAAGAAGACUCAAAAGCGUCGCAAAGCUACCCCGCCUGGCCUAUCGGAGAAAGAUGCCAAAAUCCUCACCCAGGUCAAGCGCAGAGCGUACCGGCUCGACUAUGCCCUGUUCAACCUGUGCGGAGUCCGCUUUGGCUGGGGUAGCGUGAUUGGUAUCAUUCCCUUCAUCGGAGAUGCUGGAGACGCCGCACUUGCCUUGAUGGUCGUGAGAAAAUGCGAAGAGAUCGACGGUGGACUUCCAUCGCGUUUGCGCAUGAUGAUGCUUAUCAAUGUCAUCAUCGACUUCUUCAUCGGCCUCGUUCCUUUCAUUGGCGAUAUCGCGGAUGCAGUGUACAAGUGCAACACAAGAAAUGCCGUCAUUCUUGAAAAGCACCUUCGUGAAAAGGGCGCCAAGACAAUCAAGAAGCAGGCUAAACGACAAGACCUUCCGGCCAUUGAAAACAGACAACCAGAACGAAUCGUCGAUCACAGCCUUCCAGAGGAAUGGGACAAGCAGGAGAGCGGCGUGGUAGAGAAUUCGCCGCCUGGCUAUCGCGAGCAUACGAUGUCGGGAAUCCAACCGACAGACAAUGCCGAUAGCCAGCCAACCAGUCCUCCCCGCGCGAAGAAGUCUCGUGAUAGUCGUGGCUCUAGCAGGUGGUUUGGUGGGUCGCGCCGGCGAGAGGAUGACCUGGAGCGAGGAAGAUGA